AAUGAGUGAAGAGCGCGCCACGACAACGGUUGUGUUUUAGUGUUGUUUUGGUUCGGGGCCGGCAAGUUGUAUGCAUGAAUCGGCUCGAGAAUUACCUACAAGUAACAUCAAAAUGUGGGAUCGUAAUGUCAUGAGUUCCUGUGAAUUAGUCGAGGAUCGUCUCUUCUUCGUAACUGUGGCUUGUAAGCCGAGAAACAGCCCGUCUUUUCAUUAUUUUGGUGUUGAUCAUGACUGGACUCUAGACGGUUGUAAACUGUUCGACACUCCUUAUUUCGGCCCAUCAAAUCUGGCCGGCAUUUAUCGUUUCUGCUGCCUUGUGAACACUAAGCUGCACAUGGUACCAGCCAGUAAGAAGAUCGUCAUGUAUACUACGGCUGAAGAUGAUUUAGAAUCGACGAAGAAGCGAACAAGAGCGAUUUUUCUUUGUGGCGCGUUUGCUGUUUGCCAACUAAACAUGAGUGCUGAGGAGGCGUAUCAGGCGAUGGAGAGGCAAUUCCGGCCCAACUCAGUCAUGUUUUACUGUGACAUUAACGGGAAUAAAUCCCACGAUUUGAACAUUUUAGACUGUCUUAAAGGAUUCGAGAAGGCAAUUUCUAGAGGAUUUUUUUCAUUCGAGGACUUUGAUUUGAACAGAUACGAGGAGGACGAGAAAGCAUUCGAUUCAAAUUGGAUCGUACCCGGAAAAAUCCUCGCGAUGUCUGAUCCGCAGAGGCGAAAUGAAGUAAAAGCAAGUCGAUUUGCGAAACUCAGGAAGCAUUUCAGACAGAAUGGAGUAAAAACCGUAGUACGGCUAAACAGAGACGAUAAUAUGAUUAAAUACGGACUAGUGUACGAUGCACGCUGUUUUACAGCAAACGGCUUUGCUCAUUCGGACCAGUAUUUUGAAGAUGGUGGUAUCCCGACGAAAGCGAUCGUGAAGCGAUUUACCCGUAUUCUCGAUCACUGCGAAGGGGCCGUGGCCAUUCAUUGUAGGGCAGGGCUUGGCCGGACAGGCACACUGAUUGCUUGUUAUCUCAUCAAGCAAUAUAAGUUCAGCGCUGCUGAGGCGGUCGGUUGGCUUAGGAUAUGUCGACCAGGCAGCGUGUCUUCCUUACAACACUGCUUUCUGGAACAUAAACAAGAAGCGAUCCAGAGAGGGUACACUGAGGACUUAACCCUCGAAGAUCUCAGCGAAACCAUGAGAAAAAACUUCAACAUCAUGGCACUAGCCCCGAGAAAGGACGAAAAGGUUGCUUAAGCUACGCAGAUUUGAAUAUUUAUGAUGGCUUUUCUUACUAUAAAGCGCGCCAUGUGAUGAAACGUUCACGUCUGAGAAAUUUUUAAUGAGGACCAGUUUCUUGAUCUUAUUCCAAAAAUUCAUAUCGAAUGCGUUCUAAUGUUCCUAUUCGAAAUGAACACUCGCUCUUUGUUAAAAACUCUGAGCGUAGGUCGUGUUUUAGGAGUAAAAGAGAUCUAAACGGUAACUUUGAAUAUUCAUCAGUUCUAGUCUACAAUUUAUUGAAAUGAACGUGUCUGGUGUUGGAACCGCCGGUCGGGUUCACCUGUUCGCUGAAAACACCCGUCACAAACCAAAAACUCUGUUCCGUUGACGCUAUGAGAAAAUGAUUUUCUCAGAGAACAACACAUUCAAAUAACUUUUUCACAGGGACAUGUUCAUUUCAGUUGUAUUUAUUUUGUAAUAUAUUUUGUCUUGACCAAGGGAAUACUGUAAAUAUGAAAUUCUCUGGAUGGAUAUACUUAUAGGUCAGUUCUUCUAAGAUAUUUAUUGUUCUCAUUUCGUUAAUGAGUUUUUCAUAAAUUGCACAAGUUUUAUGUUCGAUUGAUAGAUAUAUAUAUAUAUAUAAAAACUCACAUUUGUGAGUAUUGUAUGGCUAGAUUUGGCCAAAUAGCAAAUACUUAUUUAGAAGUGUUGAAAUUAGAUCUAAUCUUUUCACUAUUUUGUGGGUUUUCAGUUUCUUUUUUAUUUGAUGAAACGGAAAAAUGUUGAAAUUUUGUCACUAGCUGUAUAUUUUGUAUAUUAUAAAAAAGUUGGUGUUUAUUUUGAUUUUUGGUCUAAAUUUUCAAGGUGACAGAUUGUUUUAUCAUUGUUAUUGACAGUUCUUCUCUCUGAAAAGUGGUUGCUCAAUAGCCUUGUCCAAGGGGUCCCUUUAUUUUAUGAUCAUGCAUGCUUGAUAAAUACAUUUUGCUGCAGUUAAAAACUUGAUCGUGUAAAUAUUUCAGAUGUAUAUAGAUAUAUGUAAGAAAAUUAAAGAUGUGCAUUCUUGCAGGCAAGUAAGAUUAUAUUUGUAAGAAUAUUUUUCAUUAAUUCUGCAGCUGAAAAUGAAGAUGUAAAUGUCGUAUUCGAUUGUGAUACAAAACAUUAAAAGUAGAAAUAUCAUGACCAAA